AUUCAUUCUCGACUCGCACCGAUGUUAUAACGACCAUUUCCUUUGUUUUUUGUUCUCCGGGACUGCCAGCCCGGCCUCCUUGACGACCUUCUCGACCUCCUCGACCUCCUCUUUCCCCUUAUCUUGUUCAGCCAUUAGGAAUACCCCUCCCAUGAGCCUCGGACACUGAACGACUCGGAGCUGGCUUGUGUUUUGUUUUGCUUCGCGGUUUUACGCUGUUGUACAUCCUUCCGCUGCUGUCCUCCUUCUCUUCUCGUCUCACCUUGACGGCCCGCCCUCUUGGUCCCGCGUCACGCAUUCGACUGCCUCCUGCGUUGUACAAAUCGGAAACGUUCUAUCUCGAUAAAGACUGCUCUCGAUCGGCAUAGAUCGGCUUUGGGGACAAGGGGAAAAGCUCGUUCGACCAUUGUACCACCAUUCUCGACUCCGUACCGACACGUCUAUUCCUAAUUCUUCCGCCAUGGAAUGCCUCCGCGACCACUUCCGCGAUGGCGUCCUCCUCAACGGUCGGUAUCAGACCAUCUCCCCCCUCAACCACGGCUCCUUCGGCAUGGUCUUCAUGGCCAAGGACACCAGGACGGGUGAGACGGUCGCCAUCAAGUGUCUGACAAAAAAGACGGCAUCGAUGGAUGCCGGCUUCGACUUCGCCGUUGACGACAAGUCGGAGGAGCUCGCUCUGCACAGCCGGCUGGGCUCGCACCCCAACAUCGUCAAUCUUCUCGACUCGUUCGAGACGGAUGCCCAUGUCUACCUGGUGUUGGAGUACUGCCCGCGCGGCGAUCUGUACGAAGCGAUCCGGAUCGGCCAUGGCCCGCUGGAGACGGAGCACGUCAGGCGCUUCAUGUUGGAGCUGGUCGAUGCCGUUGCCUACAUCCACUCCAAGGGCAUCUACCACCGCGACAUCAAGCCCGAGAACAUCUUCUUGACCCAGUCGGGCUCCAUGAAGCUGGGUGACUUCGGGCUUGCGACGACGGAGGAAUGGACCUACGAGACCACGGUGGGCAGCGAUCGGUACAUGUCGCCCGAGCAGUAUGACUCAGCCGGCGCUGGGUACUCGCCCGCUCAGGCCGACAUCUGGGCCAUCGGCGUCUGCCUCGUCAACAUCCUGUUCUCCCGGAAUCCCUUCACGACGCCGAGUGAGGCCGAUCCCCUGUUCCUUGAUUUCUCCCGCGACAAGCAGUCGCUAUUCGACGUGUUCCCGUCCAUGUCGCAGGACACGUUUGAGGUCAUCGUGCAGUGCAUGAACUUGGACCCGAGCAAGCGCUCCCUGGCCGGAGCCCGCGAAGCCUUGCUGCGUGUCGUCAGCUUCACCACCCUCGACGAAGCUCUCGACGACUUCUGCUCCACCGACCGCCGUGUUGUUGCCAGCUCCAACCGCGAGCCUCUCCGCACGCCGUCCAUCCAGAGUCCCCAGGUCGACACCGGCGCCUUCCCGUGGGCUAAGGCCCUGCAGGCGACGCCGGCGAAGCCCAUCCGACAGCUCAGCGUCAUCCCGGACGACGAGGUCGACGACGAAGACCUGUUCUCUAAGUCGGGUGCCGCAUCCGACUGGAUGUCGGGCGCUGCCCACACGCCCUCGCUGUCCUCGUAUGUGGACUCGAGCCUCGGUGCCUCGAUGCAAUCGUCCGGAGUGCCGGAAAGCUUCCGGCCGAUCCUGCCUCCCAAGGCUGCUGCGAAGACCGCCCCGAUGGCUGGGUCACUGCCCAUCACCAUGUCCAAGCCCCGCACCCAGUCUGCCAUGUCCCUGGUGUUUGGACGCAAGGAUGCGGUGUCCAAGAGCUGGAGCGAUCUGUGGGAUGAGGAGUUCGAGGAGGAGGCGGAGCAGCAGCAGCAGGCUAGGCAACUGCAGGCGUUGAAGGAGCUGAACUCGAGGACCUGGAGCCAUGAGAGCAACGCGGCGGCGCCGGCAGCCGUCGACAAUGACGACACGCCUCGCCAGGGGCUGUCGCCCGCCACCAAGACGGCCGCCCUCGCCAACGACGAGACCAAGAUCCCGUCGAUCGACGAGGCGUUCCGCCCCACCUACGACGAGGAUCCCGAGGCCGAUGGCAUGUUCUUCUACGAGGCACCUCCGGCCAAGGAAGAGCCCCAGCCCCCUCGGCCCUCGCCGUCGCCGCGGCGCAACGACAUGGACAAGUGGGCUGCCCUCGGUGAACGUCGACGGGCGUUCGCCGGCAGUUCGCCCGCCAAGGUCCCCGAGCUUCCCUUGCGGACGGGCCGGCCGAUUGGGUAUACGCACCCGGUCAGCUCCCCAGCCAAGGGACACAGCGCGUUCGACCUCCGCAACGACUCCCCUCAUCAUUCUUCUUACUCUGGAAACCACUCUCCUCAUCAUUAUCAGCAACAUCACCAUUUCCAGGGACGUCGGAGCAACCACGGGUCUCGCGACCGGGCCAAGGAAUGCCCGCGGAACAAAGGGCGUGACCGAGAUUGGAAUUGGAACUUUGACUGGCGCAAGGAGAAGCGCAGCGCCUUUGGUUAUCUUGAGUGGGUUGGUAACUGGCAAGAAGCCCGCUCCUGAGGCGAGCGCGGUGUUCUCGGGUUGCUGGCUACCACUUGUGGUUGGGCCC